AAAAUGUUUGACUCUCCAAGAAAGUUGGAAUGACUUAUAAUUUGGAACGGAGGGAGUAGAUAUUCAGUUUCUAACUUAAUAAUUUGAGUUUGUUAGGAGAGCUCGGCGCAGCUGUCUUAAAUAUGCCAGCGAUAAUGCCAUGGAGGAUCAGUAGACGUUAACCUUUCACCCUGUCUCUGAAUUUUUAAUUGUGAGAAUAAUUCAAUGAGAUGCUAUGUGAUUCUCUCCACUUUGAGUGGUUGACCAACACUCCUCGAAAUCUGUAUCUUAUUAUUAAUUGUCUUAGUCAUCAUUGUUAAUAUUUAAAUCCGAAAUACUUCGUGGCCUAAAUGCAAGAACUUCUAUAAAAAGGAGCUCCCCAAGGUACUCAAGAGCGAGAGGUAAUUAACAAUGGCUCAUGCAGAAGCCGGAGGAUCUAUACCAGUGCCAAAUGUGCAGGCCCUUGCACAAAAUUACAACAUUUCAGAGGAGCAGAUCCCUGAAAGGUACAUCAGGUUGGAAGAGACGGCCGAGAAGGUCAUUGGUGGUCAUGACAUCUUCUCUGAAAUUCCAAUUAUCGAUCUCAACAAGUUGCUGGAUCCGCAGUCAUCCAAAGAGGAGUGUGCCAAGCUUGGAUCUGCCUGUAAGCAGUGGGGCUUCUUUCAGCUCAUCAACCAUGGUAUACCAGAUGAAGUGAUCUCCAACUUCAGGAAUGACAUGAAUGAAUUCUUCAAGCAGCCACUGGAAGCAAAGAAGGUGUACUCAAUGGAACCGGGCAAUCUUGAAGGGUAUGGCCAGCACUUUGUUGUUUCCGAUAACCAGAAACUGGACUGGGCAGACAUGUUCUACCUCAUGCUCCGUCCGAGCGAUUCGAGGAACCUGAGGUUCUGGCCUCGCAACCCUCCAUCUUUCAGGGACUCCAUUGAUACGUACUCCUCUGAGGCAGCAAAGCUUGUGUCUUGCUUGCUGCGGUUUGUGGCCAUGGACAUGGGUGUUGAGCCGGAAUCUCUCCUGGAGAGAUUCAGAGGUCAGCCUCAAAGCAUGCGAAUGACAUACUAUCCCCCAUGCAAGCAGGCUGAAAAGGUGGUGGGAUUGUCGCCGCACACUGAUGGUACCGGCCUGACGCUGCUGCUCCAGGCAAAUGACGUGCAAGGGCUGCAGAUCCGAAAGGAUGGAAAGUGGGUCGCCAUAAACGCCCUGGAUGGAGCAUUCAUCGUCAAUGUCGGCGACAUACUUGAGAUUCUAAGUAAUGGAAGAUACAAAAGCAUUGAGCACAGGGCCGUGGUGCACCCAACUAGGGAGCGCAUGUCAGCGGCAGUGUUCCACCAGCCAUGCAAGUAUGCCACCGUCGGCCCUCUGCCGGAGCUUGUGAAGAAGGACGGUGAGGCGUUCUACAACUCAAUCGGUUACAUGGAUUUUAUCACACGAUUCUUCGCGGCAAAGCUUGAUGGGAGGGAUCACCUGGAGAGCUUGAAGAGUUGAUGGUUGUCUUGUCUAUGAAGCAAUGGAGAUGAAUAAUGCUUGUUGCAAGAUCAUGUACUGAAGUUUCUUUCCUGAAGUAUUCUCUCUGGUGUUUAUUGUUCUUUGUGCUAUUAAAAAUAAGAUGAAAAGAUUGCCGGUUA